GUCUUUUCUAUAAUUGUUCUAAAAUUCUAAAAUUCAAGAUUUAGACAUAUCUAAUCCCAAUUUAGCUCCACCGAAACCCUUUACAAAUACCACAUCCAUCUGCCUUUUUCUAUUUUGUAGCCAAGCACGAAUUCCAACCUCCAAACUACUCCCGUCAGAACAGGACCUCCAUGAUCGCUACUGCCAUAACUCGUUUCGACAUCUCCUUCAUCCUCGUCGCUGCUGCUCACCUACCCAGUGGGCCCAGGCGCCAGGCCGCACCAUGUCUCACGCGCGUGCUCGUCGCGCGGACGCGCAGCAGCCCAUCAGCUGCUCCAAGUUCUCCUCUUGUCCAAAACUGCUUCUCUCGCGCAGCAGAGCAACCGCGCCAGGCUUCUUCUCCAGGUCCGCGUGUGAGAAUCGCAGCCUCUGUUCAUCUCCCAAAUUUCAAACCAUCUCCUACCAACGUCGCGAAGACCUGGGAUCCAUGGCGCCCUUGCAGCAGACCAGCCGGUCUUGGCACCCCAACCCCUGCGGCUCCCCUGCCAUCCGUGUCCCCUGCGUUCUAGGGUGGUCGUCCCGCGUUGUUGCCGUCGAGAUUGCGAUCUGUUCCCGAGCUUCGAGGAAUCGACGGACAAGCUUCAGCGACCAAGAGAUCGAACUCUUCGAGUUCUACGAGGCUGAAGAUUCUGAGCAUCUGUUUGGUGAAGGUUGCCUUUGGUGCAAUCUAUGCUCAGGUAAGGAAGAAGGUGUCGAGGUGGAUCUCCAGGAGUUCCAAGAAUUCGACGAGUUCGAGGAUUAGGCUAGCGACCUCCCCCAGUCAGCUGCCUGUGGUGGGUUGUUUACGUUGGCUACGUUUCGGUUCUGUGUACUUUGAUUUAUAUUAUGUAAAUGGCUCUAGUCUGUAAUAUUAUUACUUACUCUUUAUUGUAAUUCGAAGCAUUGUGCUAUGAUGAGUCAUUUAUGUAAUCGCUGUGUACGUGAAUUUCUGAUCCUGGCACAUACAUGGUUCGCAUUCGGUUUACCUUCAAAAACCGGUUGUGACAUAAGUGGUAUCAAAGCCGUGCUGACUGUAGGACCGCUGACCUAGAGUAGCAUUGGCCAUUUUAAGGACUUA